AUGAAUAAGGUCUAUAAAUUUGCAGCUCUGAAUAUAGCCGCUACCGGAUUUCCAGAUGGGAGAGCUGGACUAUUCGUCGAUCGGGACCUGGAAUCAAUCCUUCCGUUAGAAUUAUACAUCCCUUGGCUGGAUUUAUGGCCGAUGUCACUAUCCAAACGGAAAGGCUAUUACUUUUUAGCGGAGCAUCAGUUAUGGUACAAUAAUGUUGAACGUGCACCGCUGAACAAACGCGCAUGGGUACUUCAAGAAAGACUUCUCUCACCCUGUACCCUUCAUUUUGGCCACAGCCAGCUUUUUUGGGAAUGCGCCGAAUUCACUAGACCUGAAGUGCACCCAAAACGAGAUCAUUUUAGUAACGAGCUGCACUGGGUUGAGAAACUUCCCUUGUUACGAUCGAUUCAAAGUACAUCGUCAGAAGAUAUUGAGUCUGCAACUUUUGAGAUAUCUUCCAUCGACAAUAGUCACGCCACUCUCUCUAUGACGGACACGGGGCGAGACAAAUCUCAGCUCUAUAAUCUGUGGGGCCGAAUAAUGUGCUCAUACUCCACAAAGACCCUUACUAAUCCCGAGGACGUCUUUCCAGCAUUAUCCGGGUUAGCACAAGAGUUCAAACACUUUCUGAAAGACAGGUACCUAGCCGGACUGUUGGAAGGUAAUCUUCUUCAGACGCUACUAUGGUUCCGGCGGGGAUCUGAAGCCCCAUUGGUAUCAUCUUACAGGGCCCCCAGCUGGUCUUGGGCGUCUUUCACUGGAUCUAUAGCCUCGUCAUAUGGCUGGAAACAUAAGCUUGAAAGAAAAGCACGCUCACAAAUACUCGAAGCUUCGACUACCCCGGUUGCGGACGAAACCGGACAACUGGUGGACGGCUAUAUUCGCAUCAAAGACGCUCUAACCAGGGCCGCCUAUUCUGAGACUGAAAAUGCAUGGAAAGCGAAAGACAAACUAACACAUCUCAUAAUGGAUACUAAAGGCUUCAUCGGCGGUGAAGACUUGAGGAGAGAAAGAGAAAGCGAACAUGCUCCCUUCCGCUAUAAUUUCACCCUCAUAGAACACGAGCACAAAGAUACGGAGCUCUUUCUGCUUCCAUUAUUCUCAAACGCCUGUCAGUAUCCGCGAGAAGGUCUGACUGGUCUGGUUCUCACCCCAUGCGAUAUCGUCAGGGGGCAUUAUUACCGGUGUGGCAUACUCACGUGCGAGAGCUCGCAAGUCCAUGAAAGACUCAAUGCAGGUUUCGUGCUCUUAGAUGAACAGUAUUAUGAGGAAUAUCAUGGAGAAGGCGAAUAUGUAAUCAGCAUCAUAUAA